AUGGACAACACGAGUUUAAUCUUUGCGCGAGACGCUCACGGCGAUGUCCACAACCGUGGCAUGACGCUGUUCGCAGUGCAGUUGUCUUUCCUCAUCGCGGCUGGCCUCUUCACACUCGCCAGAGCGUACGUAAAGGUACGGAUCGUGAAGAGUGUUGGAGCAGAUGACUACCUCAUCUUCCUCGCAAUGAUCAUGUACACAGUCUACGGCGCCGUCGCGCUUCACGGAGUCAUCCAAGGCGCCACCGGGAAACACCUCACAGAGCUCACGGUUGAACAAGCUGCCAUCUCCCUAAGGGCGUGGUACAUCUGCGAAGUCAUCUACUCGCCCAUCACCCUCGCGAUCCGAACGUCCAUCUGCUUGCUACUCCUCCGACUCGCCCUCAACAAGGUCCACCGAUGGGUCAUCUACGUCAACAUGGUCAUCGUCUUGCUUAUUUCCAUCGCCUACUUCUUCAUCAUGACGUUCCAGUGCAGCCCGCCCUCAUACUUUUGGAGACAGCUAUACGGCGAGAAGGGGAAAUGCAUCAACUACAACAUCGUCCCCGACGCCACCAUCGCGCACAGCAUUAUCUCGGCGGUUUCGGACUGGUGUAUCGGGUUGUUACCGAUAGCCUUGUUGUGGAAUGUCAAUCUCAACCGCCGGACCAAGGCGUUGGUCGCCGUGCUUCUCAGCAUGGGCAUGGUUGCCGGUGUAGCUCUCAUCAUUCGGAUUCCCUUCAUCAGACGUCUCGCUAUCUCCACGGACUUCCUAUACGAGACGAUUGACAUCGCGAUUUGGACCGUACUAGAGCCCGCCCUCGGCAUUAUCGCCGCUUCAGUGACCAGCAUGCGCCCCCUCUUCCAAGGCUGGGGCUUCGGAUGGAGCACAAACAGCAAACACUCCCGUCCUUCAGGACCCAGCUCUGGCCACCCCAUCAACAAAGAGGCUGCCACUCCCCGGACGAAGGGGAUCACAGACCACAGCGACUCCACCAUCCGCACGUACGACGACAUCGAGAGGGCGCUGUCGCCUGAGGGCUCUGACAUUGAGCUCAACAAGACCGCCCGGGAAGACAGGGGCAGCGACGAGCACGAGUACCCCGAGUCCAGGCCGUCGUCGGACCUCGGGCAGAGGUAUCAGCACCGGGAGCCUCAGCCCUGGCCCAGGCCGGUGAUCAACGUCCGCACGACCAUCGAUAUCACGUCGCACUCUAUAGAUCAUGUCCUGCCGUCUACGACGUGUGUGUCUGAUCACAGUAGCAGCGACGACGACGAGAGACCGAGGAGAGAGGAGAAGAUGGCGCAUGAUCAGGCGCAGCGUUCAAAGUUGGAGCAGUAG